AUGACUUUACCACAAUUCCCAAUAUCAGGACUAGAACAAUGGAGGGUGCAUAUACAGAAUUCUAUAACAUCUGACGCAAUUAAGAAUGGAUAUACUAAAUUAAAUAUUCUGGAUUCUCUCAACUUUGAAAAAUUAUCUCUUGAUUCAAAUGAGAUGUGCCAGCAUAGUGUGAUGUACACUUCGUGUGAUAUAAGGGAAUUAGCAAUGCAAUGCAGUGAUGAAAAUAAUGAAUACAUUGUAAUGAUACUCAAAUUGAUAUUUCAUAAGUUUCUAGAGCUUUUAAAGAUAUCAAAUGAUCUACCUGAAUUUUUAUCUUCUAGUAAUAGUUCAAAAUCUAAGGAAUGGAUUAGAUGCAGAACUGUCCACGUAAACUGCCACAGUUUACCACUAUCAACUCCCGGUGAUUGGUUAAAUUGUGAUGAUAUAGAGCACAUGACACAUAAUAAUGCAGACCCUCUGUAUUUUCAUGAUAUGUUCUAUAUAUGCAUCCCUAUUCGUCUUAAACAUUCUUGUACUCACGAAGAUCAAUCCCGAGAAAGUGUUAAUAUAGUGGCUCAAAAAGAAAUGGCUAUUCUUUUAACAAAGCAAUUUGCAGAUUUAUACAAUCAUAUUAUCAAUAUGAAACUUAAAGAGAAUGAAUAUUUGCCUUUGAAUAUAGAUAAUUGGGCAAAAUAUUAUCCUGCAAAUUCUCUUCGAGUGGGACUUUUUACAACCCUAAAAGUUUCAACACUUCACUUAUAUCGUUUGAAUCCGACAAUAUUCACUUCUCCUCUUUUCAUUCAUCCUUUAAAACUGAAUAAUUGCUCUUCUUGUAGUUAUGCCUGGCUGCGAAAGAAGAAAUUUAAGACUGACACUUUAGUUAAGAAGAUAAAAAAACAAAAGUUAGAUGAAAAUAUAACGUCAACUAAUAACAAUAUAAAUACAGUAGAAGCUCAUAUUUUGGCACUUGAAACAAAAAACCUUGUAUUUUUGAAUGGUCCUGAAGUAAAUAGAAAUAAUAUAAUUAUACAUAGAGCUAUAAAAACUAGAAUAAAUGGUACAAGUACUAAUAACCAACAGCCACAAUAUGUUGGUGAGAUUGGAUGGCCCGGAAAAACAGCUAAUGAAACUAUAGACUCAAAGUACUUAAUUGGUUUUAGUAAUUUAGAUUUUGUGGCUGUUGGAGUUUUAGAAACUGAUGAAAAAUCGAGCUCACCAAAUAUAGAUAAUACUAGCACUAUAGAAAAUUGGAAUCAAGGUGGAGAGAUAGCACUCAAAUUUAAAGGUAAAGAUCUUGAAAUAGUAGGAAUGGUGAUUGAUGACUAUAUUAUACAAGAGAAAUGUAUUGAUAAUUUAGAUAAUGAUACUACAGAAGGUCCAACAAUAUUAAUUCGUCUUUGUAGUAAAUAUUCAGUAAUUCCUUACUUCGGAUUAAGAAGCCUAUUAAGAUUUCAUGAUUCUCUUGUUUAUAAUAGUUCGGCUUUAGGUAUAGCUAGCAAUAAUCAAAGUAAACAAAUGAAUAUAUCAGUGCAUUUAUUAUGCUGUAUCUGCAAAUUUCUCACAAUUAGAGAGUUUGCAAUGUUUCGCUCAAUAUGUCGCAGUCACUGCAAUCGUAUAAUAUUUAAUUCUUAUAUACAUGAAAUAGCUCUGGAAGAGAAAGAUCUCUAUUUGCCUAUACUUGGACAACUAUAUCCUUAUCUGUCCAAAGCAAAAUCUAUAAGAGUUCUUCAAUCUCAAACAUCAUCUUUUGAUAAUAUGCAAUUAAUACCUCCUAUUGUUAUUCAAUGCCUCGCUGCCUAUACUCCUAGAGCAAAGAAGAUGAUUUUUUCAAAUCACUCACCUGCAAAUUUAGCAAAAAUAGUUUCUAGAGCAUGCGGAAGAAAACCUGAAAUGAUUGUACUAACAAAGAAUGUAAAUAUAGUUAAUGACGAUGGAGAAGAGGAAGAUGAAGGAUUGAAUAGAAUUAACUUAAUAGAUAAUAUAACUCAAGAGGAAAGAAUCUCAAGAACUGAUCAAGAAGAGAGUGCCGGAAAUUCUGACUUAGUCGAUAGAAAUGAUAAUAUUAAUAACGAAAAUAUUGAAAAUAAUGUAACUAAUAAUAGUGGUAACUUAUUUGAUAAUAGUGAAGGUGAAAAUAAUUUAUAUAACCCUAAUACACAUGGAACCCAAUCAGAAGUUGUCUCACAGCAACUAAGUAUGCCAACUGUUCCACAACCUUCUCCUGCAACAACACCUAAUAUACAACCUCAUAUUGCUGAAUUAUCACUUCCAAAUCUUAUUGAAAUCCAUAUUAUUGGAAUAAUUGAAUCAAUAUCUAUUAUACCAACUAGUAUUUUCCGCAUACCUGCUACUGCACCUUUUAGAAAACUUGUGAGAUACUUUAGAGAUGUAGUCUCCAUUCAUGAGGGUAUUGUAGACUUCUAUAUAGUAAGAUAUGGAAUAAAGGAUCGAUUGAUACCUGAUUUAACUCCUAUUGACUAUGGGAUUUUACGUGGUCCUGCAGUCCUGCACGCAAUAGGUUAUAAAACAUUACAAUAUUCUCAAAAAAUUUGGAUCUCAUUAUUCCUCGUAGGUUCUAGAAAUUUCCCAUAUUUGGCUAAACUACGUUUUAAUGCAUCUAUGAGUACUCCAUUUUCUAGACUAGCUGAUAGCUAUUCUAGAAAUGUUAAUAUUGCCGUUUCAGAUGUAAUUUUUUAUUACAAGGAUGUCGAGAUAGACUUGAGCCUCUCUCCUUUUGAUUAUAAUGUUAGAGAAAAUGAUACUAUUGAAGUCUCAUUAAGAGGAAGGUCUGGAUGUCAGUAA